AUGGCUGGCGAGACCACACUGCGGAUCAGGGCCUUGGAGAAGGCGGACAGCGGGGUGUGGGCGGCUCGCGUCGUCUUUGCCGCCACUCAUGAGGUUCAUGAGCAGACCUUCCUCCUCUCUGUCUUCGACCCGGUUCCAGAUCCUCAGAUCCACCCUCAGCUGACCUCCAGGACGGCGGAGGGGUGCAACGUCACCUUGCAGUGCCUGGCGACUGAAAAGGGGGAAUUCAACGUCUCCUGGAAAAGAGGGAACCCGUUUAGUGACCUAGAAGAAGGGUCGGGCCGGUACCGGCUCUCUGCGGAGGGCACGGAGCUCCACCUGUCCUGGCGGCCCAACUCCUCGGACUCCACCGUCACCUGCCUGCUCAGCAACCCCGUGGACCAGAGGAACGCCUCCUUCGACCUGCUCAGCGUCUGCCCGAGUGAACGUCAUCCCUGGAAGAUGUGGCUGCUUCUUCCUGCUGUGUUGGUUCUCUUCCUGGCCGCAGCUCUGAGGAUCAUUUACCCGUGGAAGAAAAGGUCGUCCCAAGGAGCUGUUCCCCUGGCAACGCCCGAGAAGGAAGGGUCUCCUCCUGUGCUUCAGUAUGCGGAGCUGCGAAAGAGGAGGAGCCCCCCAGAAGGCAAUGAGAACCAGGAUCCUGACCCUCUCGCUCCAUGCCUGGCGGAGAUUCCCAUGGUGACAACUCCUGCAACCGUCUAUGCGAUGCUGCAGCCUUCUCUGACCACCUAA